GGAAGAAUGGCUACUAAACGAGGAGACAGGAGACGACACGGCAAUGGCAAAUCGGCAACCGGCAACCGGCUUCAAGGACUUCAUUAACAGACUGCCAGCUUUUGAUAAAGGCUUACUGAAACAAUGUGUAUCCUACCAUUUCGUCAACUUUCCUACUGAGUGGGGAGCGAAGGAGCUGUUCUUCUUCAUAAGGAAGACAAUUAAAGCAGGUCGACUCUGGGAUAUAUUCAUUCCGAGUAAGAGGGAUAAAAGAGGCAACAGAUAUGGACUGACCAAAUUCUUGGAUGUCAGAGAUGGUCAAGAGAUAAAGAAGCAAUUGGAAAGCAUAUGGAUUGGUAACAAAAGGGUGAUCUUCAACUUAGCUGUGGAAAGAAGAGAAGAGAAAUGCACAUUGCAAGCAAAAUUAGUGGAGGAAGCAAGAUGGAAGAGUAGCAAAAAGAGGACCAGUUAUGAAGAAAACAUCAAGGUUGAUGAAGAAAAUAGGAAGGUUCCAAAGAUGACAUAUGCGCAAAGCCUUUUACAACAAAAAGAGAAGGCAAACAUCAAAGAUAUAGAUCUGAAAGGGCUUACACCAUUAGAGGCAAGAAGUUACACUAGGAACUCAAACAGAUGAAUGACUAAGGCUAUGGCUCCUAGAGGAUUCAUAUAUAAAAAGGUGAUCAAGAUUAAAAGGAUAGAAAAGGCUGAAGACAAUUUAAUGAAGUGUGCUGUAAGAGUGGCUUCAUCUCCUUCUAUCAUCUCAAAUCUUCCAGAGACAUUCUUUAAUGAAGGAUUCCUUUCAAU